AUGCCAGGUGUAAUUUUACCAACCAUUACUGGGUUUAUAGUUACCUUAGUUGGAACACUAGUAGGUGCUUUCUCACUAGUGUUGUUCUUGGUGAUUAGUUUAAUCACUUUAUUCAUCGGGGCUUUCAAAGCAUUAGAGAUUGAUUUCAUAAUGUUAAUAUUUUUGGUCAUUUAUAUUAUAUUUAUUCGAGGUGGUGAAGAAGCUGCAAGAAAAGCAAUAAACGUGGUGAAUGAUAGUAUUUUAUCACUUCCAGAUGAAUUAAUUGAAGAAAUAAUUGAAUAUUUGAAUCAAAGUGAUCGAUUAAAGUUAUCCCUUUUGAAUAUGAGAUUCCAUAAUCAAGUUAAAAGAUGUUUACUUAAUUCCGUUUAUGUAAAUAAUGGUGGACCAAAAGUUUUGUUGACAAAUGAGGUGGAAAGUGGUUUUUAUAGGAGGCACACCAUAAUACUGCAAUUCCAAUUUGACAAGUUAGUUGAAUCUGAGGAUAUUAGAUUUGUUAAAAGAGUAGUGCUUUACAGUGAUGCCAUUACUGAAAGAAUUUUACAAAGAUUAUUGAAAUACGAUAUCAACCUUUCAUUUGAACACGUAAUUGAAAAUAAACUAAAAUAUUUGACAAUAAUGCAACGCAAAAGGUCCCCACUUUGGAUAACGCCCGAUUUUCCAGUUGAAAAUUCAAUAACACAAUUGACGGUAACUUAUAAUGGUGAAACAAUUUCCAAUGCUGCAUUAUCUAAAUUAAAGUUAAAUUCACUUAGAGCAUUGAAUAUCACUUCUGAUGCUUUUGAACGACGAGGAAGAGGAAAUGACUUUAAACCAAUUGUAGUGAAGAAACUUUCAUUUGAGUUUGUUGAUAAACAACCAUCACUUUCUUUUAUUUCCAAUACUUUUGAUAUUGAUAAAAUCGAAUCUUUAGAGUUGAAAUUUAAAACAAGACCAAUAGAAUCAGAGAUUGUUCAAUUGAUGUCAAAAUUAACAUCAUUAAAACAUUUUGCAAUCAUGUCACAGAAUAUGAGAUUUGAUAGAAUUAUUGAACCACUUCCUAGGGAUUCUCUUGAAACAUUUUAUGUUAAUGUAAUGGGAAGAUAUGAUACAUUCCUGGCAACUAUCCUUUUACAAAUACUUAAACAUCAAUUGAGAUCAAUUCAGAAAUUAUGUUGGUCAAAUAAAAGAUUGAAUAUUAGACUGAAAACGUAUGGAUUGGAUGAUUUUGAACGUAUUUAUGAUGUGGGGGCUAUUUGUAGAGAUCUGGAUAUUGCCGAGAUAAAAAUAUUAGUUGCUAAUGGGUUUUCCAGUUUUACUGAUGUCAUUCUGAAUGAUGCUUAUUACAAAGUCUACACAGAGAAGGAUGAAGGUGUAGUUGUAAAGUUGAUUAAUUGA